GUAAGUACCACUCACUUCAUUGACUCGUGCGUACGCCCGCACGCCUGUCAGUCCAUCCUCACUCACUCGAUCCUCACUCACUCGCCUGGUCGCCGCGGACAUUCGCGAGCGAGCUGAGAGAGGAGUACUCGGUACACACACCUUCAAAUCGCCCGGAGCCGCCGGACUUUAGAGGUCCCGAGGUCGCAGGCCGCCAGCGGGCCGUUGCAGGCAGCGCGUGACCUCCGGCGGAAGGUCACCUACGCUCUCGUCUCUUUCUCUCUUUUUCUCUCUCUUCCUCUCUCUCUUUCUUUCUCUCUAUCCCGCGGACGGUAUCGGGCGCUGAUUUAUCGAUUGUUUCGAUUCCCCGGACCUCGCCUCGGCGACGAUCAGUGCUUGUGGACCCUUCGCCGUCGGUGAACAGAGCUCCUCGGUCGGCGCCGGGACCAAGAGGAGGAUGACCUUGGCGCGCGUCGUUAGGAUCCCGGUGGUCCUCGUGCUGCCGUCGCUCCUGCUGCCGCUGCUGCUGCUGCUGAUGUUCGUCGCGGACGGUUCGUGGGCGCAUGUUUAUCCCCGCGAGAUCAAGCCAGGAUGCAGAUACGAGGGUCGCCGAUAUCAGGAAGGAACGGCUGUGGCUACGUCCGAGCCCUGCCUGCGGUGCCGAUGCACCGAGGGCGCAUUGAGAUGCCGGCUACGGGUGUGCCCGCGACUGCCGAAUCCACCACCAUCGGGCUGUCACAUUCGUGCACCGGCCGAGAAUGUAUGCUGCGCCGAGUUGGUAUGCGGCGAGCCACGCGACGUCGAGAAUAUGUUGCGGAGAGCUGGUGUACAAACGAACGCGGCAGCCGAGGAUGAGAAGCAUACUCACUACUCACGUACAGAAGGAUGCCUGCACGAGGGGGUUCGAUACGGCUCGGGAUCGGCGAUGAUGGGCUCGCGUCGGUGCGAGUACUGCUAUUGCAUAUCCGGCGCGAGGAGGUGCAUCCGACCCAAGUGCCUGCUGCCUCUGCCGGGGUGCAGCCCGCUGUACACACCCCAUUCCUGCUGCCCGGUCGCCUAUAACUGCACCCACCACCAUCCGUCCACAAUGGCGCCGAUAUCGGGGAACGGAUGUCGCGUGGGCGAGCGCACUUAUGCCGAGGGCGAGAUGGUUCGCGACAUCGAGUGGAAGGCCGCAUGCGACAAUUGUUUCUGCGCGAUGGGCGCCAUACGGUGCGUGCCGCUCGCAUGCGCGCCACCUCUUCAAGGCUGCGGCCCGAUUGUACGGGAAGGACAAUGCUGCCCGUCCACCUACAACUGCAGCGGUAGCAUCGAGGUGAACGCCACCCAAAACUACGCAUCCUACGCCUUCAUCAGCAAGGACUACGCCAAGUUCCGCAAGGAGACCAACUUCAUCCCGGCGAUCGAUCAAUCCACCUAUCCAUCCGUCGAAGGACGAGGCCACAGGGUGGUCGAAGAACAAGUUAGCACCGACGCGAUCGAUCUCGAAGAGGAUUCGUCUGUCGUCACCUACUCGACCGCUUGGCCAUCAACCAUGGAGACCGACAUCAUGGACAAUGAAAUCUUGAUAGGGACAGUGGACUACAGAUCGACCUUGGAGGUGACAACUGCCACGAUUUCGACGAACGAGUUAUCGAGUAACACCGAAUCGACCGCGUACGAGUCGACGUUGGCGUCCACCAAAGACGCUGAUUCCGUCACUGAUUCCUGCGCGACGUGCUCCACGAACACGCUCACGGACUCGACAAUUGCGGCGAUGACGACAACGACGACGACGACGACGACGACGACGACGACGGAGAUGGAAGAUCCAUCCAGCACGGACGGCACGACGAUCUCGUCGCCGGAAUGGACGACGACGGUGCUCCCGGAAUUAACGCUCGAUAAUGGCAACGAUGAAAACGAGGAUGGCGGCGGGAACGAAAAUAAAAACGAAAACGACGACCGGGACGGGGCUGCGGAGUUGAAGGCGGCCGAGAAAGCGGACAUAAUUGAGAGACACAAAGCUACGACGCAUCCUUUCGCAAUUUCCACGGAUACCGGGGACCACCCGCUCUUCCCCGACGUGAAAUCGCCCGAGGACUUCGCGCUCAUCAAGAGAACAGAGGCCAUCGGUAAGAGACCCGUCACCAGUCCAUCGUCGACGAUACUCAUGCCGGACGACAUCCUGGUGAUGAACGUGACAGUGAAGACGAAUGUCUCGGUGGGCCAUAUACAGGGCGUCAUGAUAAAUCCAAUUAAGUCCAUGCUGCCCGACGUAGAAGCCAUUCUGAACAUCACUCAUCGCGAGAAGGGCGAGGAUUACGAUUACAACGGACAGGCCUUGCUGCCGAACGUCAGGAUAAUACCCUUCGUGGCGGCGGACGCGUUGGUGAAUAGCAAGGACGACGUAUCCCCGCCCGAGACUGGAUACUCCCCCGGCUCGGUGGUAGUGUCCCCUGAGCUACGACCGACCGAUGCUUCUGGUUUUUACGAAAUUGCGACCCAGGAGAACCGAUUCAGCCCGCCCGUAGAGACCGAAGGCGGCUUUGUGCCCAGGGAGCCCCCGUAUUUCCCCUAUUAUUCCACGGACCUGGAUCUCGAGAUCGGUACCGGAGUCACCGUGGCCCCGGCGCAGAUCACGAAUCCGCAUCGGAAAAACGAUGACCUGUCCAGUAAGUGCCACUUGGAAAAUAUGGAAUACCGUCACGGCGAGAUCUUGCCCAGCACCGCUCUCUGCAUAAUCUGCAUGUGUUACCACGGGGAGGUCGUGUGCUCGUCGAAGGAGUGUCCGCCAUUAAAAAUCGGUUGUCAGAGGAUCACCUCCGAGGAGAGGUGUUGCGGCGAAAUCGUUUGCGUCAAAGCCGGCGAGUCGCCGACGGUGGUGCUAAGCCGCGCCGGUGCCACGGCGCCUUCCCAGCAGCAGCCAACGGUAUCUCCCGAUCCCUUUCGCGACGUCAUCAAGACCGAGCCAGCUCCCGACCUACCGUCCUUAAUCGAGGACAUGAUACGCGGUAUUACGACAGCCAGGCCAACGACGUCCAUGGCGGCGGCGGCUUCGAAGACAUCGGCUCAAGGCUUGACAGGCAAUCAACUACAACACCCGCCGAACUUUGACUUUAUGGAACAGGUGCCGCUUAUACGGCCACCCUUUGAUUACGGCGAAGAGACGGCAGACUCACCUUUCAUCUCAAAGAUCACAUACGACGAUGUAAACGACGGCGACGCGUCCUCGAGGGACACUGUCUCGUUAACAUACGACUCGGAGGCUCGCAUCGUCAAUCGCAGGCCGGCGAAUGACGAGACGGAAGUCCUUGGCUACGACGCCGCGACCUUGGACAAGUUCAAUCGCACGAUGGAAGACUCGAGGGGUGAUUUCCGCCGCGGCAAUGCCACCGAGCAGAAGCUCACGCAAAAGGAGGAGAACGUAUCGCUGAGCGACGAGCACGAUGGGAACUCCACCGGCAAAGUGGACAAUCGCGUCGCGCAGCACGACUACAGCGAGUCGAAGGGCUCGCCGAGCGCGGGGGUGGACGAGGACAAGAGCGCCGGGCAAGACGUCGAAGACGCUCAAGAUAUUUUUUCCCUCGACAGCGUCCUCGAGCUGCUGUUUUCCUCGAACACCAGCGACAUCAGCAGCGAGCCGAGCGAGACCACGAAGACGCUAGAUGUUCCCUCCGUCAGUGGCGCACGAGAGGGUCAGGAGGCUCUCGCCGUCUCGUCGACGAGCGCGGAGGGCUUAACCGAAGAGACAGGAACUGUCGAGACGUCCUCGAAGCUCCUCGACAACGAGAUACCGAUGUCCGUUGGCAGCUUGCUGAAGUUGGCGGGCUGUAAUAUAUACGGGCGAAUGUAUCGCGUCGGCAGAAUCAUCAUGGAGCUCUCGAAUCCCUGUCUGGAGUGCAGAUGCACGGAAAUCGGUGUCCAGUGCAAGCCAUUGGAGUGUUGAUCAAACGCCGACUUCUUGUUCUUCCGUCUCUUUCCCUCUCUCUCUUCACCUGGGCUCAUCCUUGUCGAGUCGCCGGGGAAUUUAGCAUUAAGAAAACGUAUACAGCGCACACGAAACUCGCGGGUCGAUUCAACGAGAGCGUGCUUCGUCGGCGAGUCCGAUGCUGAGAAAAUUGAAAGUGUAUGUACGCGGAAUUCUUCUUUGCGAAGCGGAUGAAGUAAGUCGCUUCUCACGACACAGUGCGGAUUGUGCGAUUGUAUCUUCCGGAUUUCGCUUUUAUCCCGAUACCAGCGAAGUUUGCGACAACGGAAAAUCUCUGAAAUGCCGUCGACGCGCCCGAAAACGAUGUUUAGAUCUGGAGAUCGGGGGAGAAAGAGAGAGGGAGGACGGAGCGUUCGCGCGAAAUUACAUGAAAAUUUGAAUAGGAUACUCGAGCUUGAACAACUUCGUAAUGGGCGUUUAUGAAAAUACUGAAAUUGGCGAAUUUUAGCUGUAAGAUUGCCGCCGUGAACUUUGUCGGGUUUAAUGGAAACGGAAUCAACGUCAUUGGACGUGCGGUAAAGCAGACAGCGCUCUUGACCGACAGUUUAUAGCUUGACAGUUGUUGCUUGAAACUUGUUUUACGUGAGAUACUCAAAUUUCAUUUUGGAGAUAGACCUGAGUUUUUCAGCUUGUCAUCUGAAACUUGUUCCAUGUGAGAUAUUCGGAUUUUUACUCAGAAUUAGAUCCGAGUUUUUCAGUUGAAUUAUGAUAUAUAGAAUAUUUAUGAAAAUCUGUCUUGCAAUGCAACUGAAAAAUUCUCGUUUUACCUAACACGGAACUUUAUUUUACCUCACUUGAGACGAGUUUCAAGUAACAAGGCCCAUAUUAAUAACCUUCACUUGUAACUCGUGAAAUUUUCAGAUCUGAAUUUGAAAUUAAAUCUUUAUCAGCCUUAAGUUUCUAGAUAAAUUUUACAAUAUACAUGACACUGGAAUCGUGCAAUUCAACUGGAACAUUCUAUAACUCUAACUCUAAAUUCAAAGUAUUUCACUUGAGGCAAGUUUCAAAUGAUGACUGUUAGGGAAUUAAGUUCACAGAUCUGAGCAUCUCACGCGAGACAAGUUUCAGCACUAUUAAUAUGGAGACGUGUAUCCCGCGUUCGUAAAAUAUUCCGCGGAAAAUCGACGCUCACGGGCAUCUCUCGUUGCUCACUUUCCCGACGACUGUAACUUUGGCGGCGUAUUAGAGGUGAUAUUCAACGGAAUCCAAAAUACUUCACUAUCGUCGACAGUUAGACGCUCUCUGGAACUAUGAAUCUCCAAAACUAUCAAGACGACCCGCUGUUGUAUCUUCCGCCAAGACGUUCCGGCAGCGCGAUGAAUCUUCAGCCAGAACUUCAGACAACUUGGACCACGUAAUUAUCUAGACAGAGAACCGAUAGACUCGGUCCCGAUGACCCUCGAUAACGAGACACCGACGUUCGCGGUCAGAUUACUCUAACUGGAUGUAAUAUCCGCAACGGGUUGUGUAGCGUCGGUCGGAUCAUUACGCAGCUCCACUCUCCGAGUCGACGUGCGCCCGAAUGCGGUCGCGUCACGGUCGGAUUUAUGUAGAAACUAAUGAAAUUUAAGCCUCGGGGCCCUUAAUCGUCCGGGAAUCUCUCGCGAUGCGCAUCUCCUCGCAGAUACACUUUCCCGCCAUUCCUCCUAAAGUUCCCACAGAGGACGAGAGACGUUCGAAGAGAGUGACGAGUUAAUAUCUGCGACUCUCGCGAGAGACGAGUGUGUUUCGACUGAAAGUUACAAGGGCAGAAGUUUUCGAUGGUCGUGUUAAUUUUGUCACACGCGACAACAACGACGCCGAUGAGAGUCGCACGUUGCGCAGAACGAGAAGAAAAGCAAGCGAAUUUUUUCGGAAUUAAAGCUCCUGGCUCCUCGUCGUGAAACUCACGACUGAGAGAAAAAAAUGGUUGAUCUAACUAAAAUUAUAGUUAUUUUUGACUCCAACCAUAUUUUUACUAGUAAGUGGUAGUAGUAACAUGCAUAUAUUGUUAUUAUCACUGAUAUUACAGUAGAAUUUUUAAUUAAAAAAUAAUUGUUUUUUUGAGAUCAUAGUUUAUAGAUUAAUCAUUUCUUUAUAUGAUUAUAGUUACAAAUAUCUAAACGUUUUUCUCAGAAUGGCGUCAGAAGCGAGUAUGGAUACUCAUAAUUGUCGUGAAAUCAAAGGGAUAUGUUUAUAAAAUGACCCUUGGGAUGGAUUGAGCACAUUUGCAAAAUGUCCUGAAAACUUCCCUUUUGUUUUAACAAUCAAUAAAUACUCGUAGAAAUAACGCAAGUUUUUUAAACCUACAUUUCCUCGUGAUUUUACUACGCAAAUCUUACGGUUAUUUGUUGAUCGUUAAAAUGAAUGGAAAGUUUUCGGAAUAUUUUGCGAAUGUGCUCGAUCGAUUCAAGUGUUAUUUUAUUAUAACCUUUUGUCUUGUUUCGCAUAAAUUGUGAACAUGAGUUUUCAAAUUAAGAUGGACAAGGACGCAGGAACUUUAAAGCCGACUUGUCCUUUUAUAGUAUGGAGAAAACAUUGUAAUAAAAAUUACGUUAAAAUUAUGUCUCUUUUUACAAUGUUUUUUUGUAAAGCUCUGGACUACACUGAAAUAUUGCAGUGUAAAUUAUGAUAAAAAUAAUAAAUUUGACGGUCUCUCAACCUGUGUUUACGAUAUAAAAAAAUAUUUAAAUGAUCAGAAUAAUUUUGCACUAAAACGUCAAGCAUGUAUAACAUUUUUAAACAAAUAUAUAACAAUUUCGGUCAUAAUUCUGUGUAGUUCAAGAUUACAAAAAUUUGUUGUAACUUUUUGUUACAAUAUUUUCUCCGUGUAUACCUGAUUUUUGGGGACAUCCCCUUUGCGCCUCUCCACGAUCUUCCGCGAUCAACCCUUCUCUUCUCUGUCCUCUCUCCUCUCCUCUUCUCUCCUACGAUCAGACGUAUCGCCCAUUAUCCGGCUUACAGUCCGCGGCAGACCGGCUUCCGUCUGCCACCCUCCGCUCCUGCCUUCGUCUAUCCCGCGGAAUUCCCAGAUUCCUUUUUCUAAUUUCUCCCGUGCUCGUCGUUUUCUGUCUGUAUCGGCGGGGUAUUAUUCCCGGGACGUCGCGCGGCGGUCAUAAACGCGAGCCUUAGGAGAAUCCACGUCCUGACGGGAUCGAUCAGGGUGUAAUUGUGAGAAAUAGUCCUUCCGUGCCUCGAAGGAUAAGUGGAUGAAGGCGGAAGUUAACGCGCGGUAUUCGCUCGUCCCGACCGCCUUUCCUCUUUAAUGGGAAUUAUCCGUCCAUAUACCGACGGAGCAUGAGAGGGGGGAGGGAACCAUCGUUUUGAUUUAUCUUCGUAAUUUAUCUCCCCGGGCCGAAUGCUAAAGAUACCGGCUUGGAGUGCUACGGAAGCGGGGAUAAGCGGAGGAGGCCGUAAUCAUUCGACGCGGGGAGACGCGCGCCCGCAAGAUUCGAAUUAUCCCGCCAAAUUGCGCGCUUUUUACACGGCCCAUUAGAAGCGAGAUUUGUGCGGAAACCCACUGACCUAUCGUGACCCGUGAACAAGUUCGUUAAAAACUGAGGUCUUAACCGAGAGAAAGAAAAUAAUCACGCGCACGUGCCGAGCCCGCUUUCUGUCGAAUAUCGAGUGAUUUUUCACACACACAUACACACACACACACACAUACACACAGAUUGAUGUCUAAUUCCGUCCAGAGAAGUUGUUUCAGCUCUCGUUGGAGCAUGUCCGUCUGAAAACUCGGUCGAUUCUGCUGUGAAUGUUUAUCACGCAGACGUUUGCGCAGCGCGUUAGUUCGUAAGUUACAAUAACGAUCUCAUUAGCAUCACUGAUUGAAAUUGGAGAAUUGGAUCGCUAUUUUACAAUACACAAACACACGCAUUCACACGAUAUCCAACGCAAUCAGUCAGUAAUCAUCGCUGUUGAUGCUGAAAUAAUUUUACCGAUCGUACGAUACGUCGAGCCUAUAAAUAUUAUUCUCAUUAUUUCCCGAGCGUUACUCUACGUUGUCGCGAUCGAGAGCAGGAGCGGAUUAAAGAUAGUAAGUAGAGUUACACACACACACACAUAUUCGCUGACGCAGGUAUGCGCCGAAUUGCGAAUUAAAUUUUCUGCCGUAAUUACUGCGGCGCGUCAUAGAUGCUUUAUUGCGAUCUGUAAGGCAUUGUAUUAUCAGAUCCUUUUUUCUUCUUUUGCCGAAAGUCUCCUCCUUUAUUAUAAGUGUCGCGCUUCCUCGAAGCGUUUGCGUCCUGCGAGAAUUCGCUCACGCCGCGACUACUGUCAGUAUUCUCUAUGUAUACGCCGAACAAAAGCGCGGUUGUGACUGCAUCGACAAUAAAUAGAGCUUUCGCUACGUCGUGAGGAUUUUAUUAAAUUCUGGCAAAUAAUAAAAUGUCGCUUUUCGAAAGA